UCCAUGCUCAGACACCUCUGUCUCUCCAGAAGCCAGAUCUCACUAGGAUCAUCAUGGAAUCACUUGGCGCAGUGACCUUUGGGUUUAAUCUUUUCAAAGAGCUGAAUAGAGAAAACAAUGGCAACAUCUUCUUUUCCCCUGCGAGCAUCUUAGCGGCUAUCGGCAUGCUCCUCCUGCGGACCCGGGGAGCCACUGCCAACCGGCUGCAGAAGGUGCUUCUCUCUGAAAAAGACACAGAUAGCUCAAGAAUCAAAGCUGAAGAAAAAGAGAUUGAGAAGACCGAAGAGAUACACCAUCAAUUCCAAACAUUUUUGAGUGAAAUAAGCAAACCCAAUAAUAAUUAUGAGCUGAAAAUAGCCAACAGGCUAUUUGGAGAGAAGACAUACCUUUUCCUUCAAAAAUACUUAGAUUAUGUUGAAAAAUAUUAUCAUGCUUCUCUGGAACCAGUUGAUUUUGUAAAUGCAGCAGAUGAAAGUCGAAAGAAGAUUAAUUCCUGGGUUGAAAGCCAAACACAUGAAAACAUCAAGGACCUGUUUCCUGAUGCCACUCUAAGCAGCACCACCACGAAGCUGGUGCUGGUGAACAUUGUGCAUUUUAAAGGGCAAUGGGACAGGGAGUUUAAGAAAGAACAUACCAAGGAGGAGGAAUUUUGGCUGGAUAAGAACACAAGUAAACCUGUGCAGAUGAUGACACAGCGUGACUCCUUCAGCUUCACUCGCCUGAAGGACCUGCAGGCCCAAAUUCUGGGGAUUCCAUAUAAAAACAGUGAUCUAAGCAUGUUCGUGUUGCUGCCCAAUGACAUCGAUGGUCUGGAGAAGAUUAUAAAUGAAGUAAGUCCUGAGAAAUUAGUAGAGUGGACUAACCCAGGGCAGAUGAAGGAAAGGACUGUGGAUUUGCACUUGCCUCGAUUUGAGGUGGAAGAUAGUUAUAACCUGGAGGCGGCGCUGGGCGCCAUGGGGCUGGGGGAUGCCUUCAGUGAGCUGGAGGCUGACUAUUCAGGGAUGUCCCCACGUUCAGGGCUGCAUGCCCAGAAGUUUCUGCAUGGGUCCUUUGUGGUGGUGACUGAGGAAGGUACCGAGGCUGCAGCGAGCACCGGGAUGGGCUUUGUGGUCACAUCAGUGCCCAGUUAUGAAACUUUUCACUGCAAUCAUCCCUUCCUGUUCUUCAUCCGGCACAACGAGUCCAACAGCGUCCUCUUCUUUGGCAAAUUUUCCUCUCCUUAGGCCAGUCACUGGCUUGGCAGAAAACCAGUGUUGGAGUAUUAAUAUGACUAUGGUAGUAGCCCAUUCUUUGAAGAAAUUUGAUUUUCUUGCUUGCAUUUCAAUCCAACCCUCAAAAUAUAUGAUUUAGUGUGUGUUUAUAAUUUUCUUUAAAAGUGAAAUGUCCUUUUGUUUGUGUCAUGUAUAAAGUGAGUUAAAUAAGGCUUAUAAAUAUGCUGUUGAUUUCUUCUAAAAGUAAAUUAACGACUUGUAGUUUUAUGCACUAAUGAAAAAAACUGUCUUGUCAGUAAAGACUAUGGAUUAAUGAUUUUGGGAGUCUCUCCAGCUCUAAUAUUUCGAAAGAUUAUAAUAAAAAGUGAAAUAAAACAGUAGUUUACUCAAUUCAUGUGCUACCUUUCUCUUUCUCAGCUAUUAGUGUGGCAAACUGCAUAUAGGAAAAAAGAAUUUAGAAACACAUCAGCCAACAUAAAUUAAAACUCAAAAGCCAGGAUAAAGUGAAACAAUAUACCAGGCAGAGAGGAUGCCCAUAUUUUCACCCUCUGUUCUAACAGAGCAUAUUAUUCAUUGUCAAUUGCAUAAAUAUCUUGAUAUUGUAAAUAAAGUCAAUGUGGUCAUAAAAUAAGAUAGAUUCAUUUUAAUCCUAGAACUUGACUUUUGAUAAAGUAUGUACACCUGUGCAAAUACCACCACACUCAACAUACAGGAUAUUUCCAUCAUUCCCCAGGUUCCCUUGUUCUGUUUCCCUGUCAACCACCCCAUACAGCCUCAGCUCACACAACUGCUGGCCUGCCUGUCUUCAAUCAUUACAGGGUGUAUUUGUCAUUUCUAGGGUUUCAUUCAAGUGGAUUCAUAUCAUAUGUUCUCUUUUG